CAUUGUUCCUAGGCAGAUACAGAUUUAGCACUCCACACACAGAAGUUUCUGGAAUUGGGUAUGGUAGUUUUGGGCAUGCUCAGUAGGUUCCCUUUUGCUGGACUCAGACUCCAUUGAGGGAAAGAGGUCAGGACAGCUGUUUUGUAAAAGGCUAUCUGUGUGGGUUGGGCAAAGCUGAGCUACAGGAACAAAAGGGAGGCUAUUCCCCCCAACCCCCUAACUUCUGAAGCAUUUUACAGCAGGAGAGGCGCCUCCAUACUGCUGAGUCAGCUCCAUUUACUAGGAAUUGCUGGAUUUGUAGCCGCCCCAGCGUCUGGCUGCUGUGCAGAGAGAAGGCUCUCAGUAGGCAGGGGUGAGCCAGAGCUCCUUCCUCCCCCGUGCUUCGCACCCCAAAGGAGAAGUCUCCAGCUCAGCUUGGCUGUUAAAACCUGCUGCACUUUCCCAGCGAGGCUGGCUCUUGGGAUGGGACUCCGGGAGCUGACUGUCUGGCUGGUCGUGGCUGUGGGGCUCGUACAUGUGUCCCUGCAAGGAGAGUUCCAGAGGAAGCUCUAUAAGGAGUUGCUGAAGAAUUACAAUCCUCUGGAGAGGCCUGUGGCCAAUGAUUCCCAGCCGCUCACUGUCUACUUCACUCUUAGCCUCAUGCAGAUUAUGGAUGUGGAUGAAAAGAAUCAAGUGUUAACAACCAACAUUUGGUUACAAAUGUAUUGGACAGAUUACUAUUUACAAUGGAACAUGUCUGACUACCCCGGAGUGAAGAAUGUUCGUUUUCCUGAUGGUCAGAUUUGGAAGCCAGAUAUUCUUCUGUACAACAGUGCUGAUGAGCGAUUUGAUGCGACAUUUCAUACCAAUGUUUUAGUCAAUUCUUCAGGACACUGCCAAUACCUGCCCCCAGGCAUAUUCAAGAGCUCGUGCUACAUAGAUGUGCGCUGGUUUCCGUUUGAUGUUCAGAAGUGUAAUCUGAAGUUUGGAUCCUGGACCUAUGGUGGAUGGUCCUUGGACUUACAAAUGCAAGAAGCAGAUAUAUCGGGAUACAUUUCAAAUGGAGAGUGGGAUCUAGUAGGAGUUCCCGGAAAGAGGAGUGAGAGUUUUUAUGAAUGUUGUAAAGAACCUUACCCAGAUGUGACAUUCACAGUGACUAUGAGACGUAGGACUCUGUAUUAUGGACUCAAUCUUCUCAUUCCUUGCGUGCUGAUAUCGGCACUUGCCCUGUUAGUUUUUCUGCUUCCGGCUGACUCAGGAGAGAAGAUCUCACUAGGUAUAACAGUUUUAUUGUCUCUUACUGUCUUUAUGCUACUUGUGGCAGAAAUUAUGCCAGCAACAUCAGAUUCUGUGCCGUUAAUAGCUCAGUAUUUUGCCAGCACCAUGAUUAUUGUUGGCCUUUCUGUUGUUGUCACUGUUAUUGUUCUGCAAUAUCACCAUCAUGACCCAGAUGGGGGGAAAAUGCCAAAGUGGACAAGAAUCAUCCUUCUGAACUGGUGUGCCUGGUUCCUGAGGAUGAAGAGACCAGGGGAGGAUAAAGUACGCCCUGCCUGUCAGCAUAAGCCGCGUAGAUGUAGCUUGUCAAGUGUGGAUAUGAACACUGUGAGUGGACAACAAGCCAGUAAUGGGAAUAUGCUCUAUAUUGGGUUCCGGGGGCUGGAAGGGGUCCAUUGCACUCCGACCACUGAUUCUGGGGUAGUUUGUGGGAGGAUGACCUGCUCGCCAACAGAAGAAGAGACUCUCCUGCACAGUGGACACCCCUCUGAAGGUGACCCAGAUUUAGCUAAGAUCUUGGAGGAGGUCCGAUAUAUUGCAAACCGAUUCAGAGAACAGGACGAGGAGGAAGCCAUUUGCAAUGAAUGGAAGUUUGCAGCCUCCGUGGUAGACCGUCUCUGCUUGAUGGCUUUUUCUGUCUUCACCAUCAUUUGUACGAUCGGCAUUUUAAUGUCCGCACCAAACUUUGUAGAGGCUGUGUCUAAAGAUUUUGCUUAAUUCUGCAAAAUGUCUAUGAUCCUCCAAGGUAUGCUAUGUAGCAAAUAGAUGAGUACAUGGUCUUUUUUUUUAAAAAAACAUGCCUUAUCAUGAAUAUAUUCUUACUCAGUGACCCAUUUAAAAACAGUGAAAUGUCUGUGGGGCUCACUCCAGCCUGUGAGAUGUUGAGGGACCUUAACUCCCACUGAAGUGUGUAAAUAGGGCAUUCAGUUUAUAGGGUUGAGUCCACAAUUCGUGAUCUAUUGCUAAAGUAUCUUAUGGACCAGUCUAAGGCCACUGGCAUUAAUGGAAAGAUUCCCAUUAACUGCAAUGAGCUUUGGAUCAGGCCCUUAGCCAAUAAAUGACACAAACGCUAUAAUGAGGGAACACUCCCACCAGCUUACGUUGUCAGAAGCAACUAGUGAAUGUGGGGCCCACGCUGACACCUGAUAUUCAGAGGGCAGGUACUCAGCAAUACUGAAAAUCAGGCCCCUGAAAAGUGUGUCAAGUUGGGCUCCUAAAAACUGAGUCUGCCAAAAUGGACACUACCAACUUUAACGGGAGCCGGCUCUGAAGCAUAGAUCCUAAUUUUAACAGCACUAAAAGUGUGGGCUGAAUUUUUAAAACACACUUCAAAUGAUUUGUCAAGGAAUUUAAUUUUGGGGCUUAUACCCACUGCCUUCUCCAGCAAAGACAUUCUUUGAACUGCUAAGUUUUG